UUUUCUUUUAACAUUAUUUCAAAAGAAAAAUUAAAAAAAGAAAAAGAAAGAAAGAAAGAAAGAAAGCCUUUUGCUUGCUACACGAGUUUUCCUUAUAAAACAUAUAUAUUUUUUGUUAGUUUCCGUAGGAUAUAUAAAGGGGAAGGUUAUUUAGUACUAGCUUUGUCUAGUCAGUUCUUCCUCUUCUCUUCCCUCCAGUCCUCUCCCCAUCCCCACCUCUUCUCUCUCUCCAAUUAUUUUAUCUUUUCUAAAUAUCAACUCUUUUACAUAAAAAAGAGCAAAAGAAAACAGACUGGUUUUUCAGUUUCAGCUAAAUAGCCUUAUAAAACCAUUAUCAAUCCCCGAAAAAAAAAAAAAAAAUGUUACUGCCUUCUGUUACCCUUCAAGCCAAUGUCUUUUUUGCUAAUGCAGUGUUAUUUGUUCAAUGUCUUUUCUUUAGUGGUGCUCAACGAGUUUUGUAAAAUUUGUUAAGCUUUUCUUUAUGGAUUUUGGUGUGGUUGGAUUUGAGGGGCUGGUGGGUUCAGACACAACUACAACAACAACAACUGGUAGUAGUGGUUUUGCUUCACUUGCAGCAGCUCCCAGUUCAGAUCCUGAGACUAAACAGAAGUGGUACGGAUCUGGGUUUCUCAAGCAAGAAAGAUCUAGUACUACUACCAAUGAAGAUGAUUGGAGAAGCUCUAAACUGUCAAAAACUGAAUCAAUGCUGCUCUCACAUAGAAGCACUACUUUACUCAAAUCUAAUGCUACUUCUCUCUUCACUGAUAAUGGCCAGCAACAGAUGCUGAGCUUCUCCUGUCCCAAACCAGAACCUCCAAGCUCCACAUUACCUUACUUUCAUCUCACUUCUUCUGCUGCUUAUAAUAGGAAUACAGGGUACAUGAACUAUGGGAACUUCAACAGUGCAAACAUGCAUGGAGUUUAUACAGAGGCUAGAGGACCAUUUACUCCAUCUCAAUGGAUGGAGCUUGAACAUCAGGCAUUGAUCUACAAAUACAUAACUGCUAAUGUCCCUAUACCAUCUAAUCUGCUUAUCCCCAUAAGAAAAGCUCUUGAUUCUGCUGGGUUCUCUAGCUUUUCGGGCGGGCUUCUCAGACCCAACACAUUGUCAUGGGGUACUUUCCAUCUGGGCUUCUCUAACAACACCGAUCCAGAGCCAGGACGAUGUCGUAGAACAGAUGGGAAGAAAUGGCGGUGCUCAAGAGAUGCUGUUGCCGAUCAAAAGUAUUGUGAGAGGCAUAUGAACAGAGGCCGCCAUCGUUCAAGAAAGCCUGUGGAAGGUCAAUCUAGCCAUUCCGCUGCUGCUGCUACUACCAACGCCGCCACCACUGCCUCCUCAUCUUCCUCUUUGUCAGCAUCAGUGGUAGGCCUUCGUGGCAGCGGCGGAAUUGCAGAGCGUCAGCAGCAUUUCAAGAACUUGCAGCCAGAUAACUCAUCUAAUCUUUCUGCAGCUACUUCUCUUAGCAGGAUAUUUCUUAAUAAAGAGAAGGUGGGUGAGAGACUGCAAGAUUCACCUGGCUUGUCAAUGCUAACGUCCCAGGUUGACCUGAAAUCUAAAGAAAGUCCAUUCUUGGUUUCAAAAGAAUCAUCACAAAUUGAAUUUGGACUUGUCAACUCUGACUCCCUCCUGAAUCCUUCACAGAAUAGCUCUCCUUUAAUUAGUUGCAGAAACUUUGGUUCAUCUCAAGAUCUCACUGAUCAAGACACUGUGUCACAACAUUCAGUGCGCCAAUUUAUGGAUGAUUGGCCUAAAAGUCAGUCUGAUCGAUCUGCUGUUUCAUGGCCUCAACUUGAUGUGCAAUCAGAUAGAACCCAGUUAUCUAUUUCAAUUCCCAUAGGUCAUCAUGCAGACUACAUGUCCUCCACUUCCUCUCCAAACAAUGAAAAAGUGACUCUUUCCCCUCUAAGAUUAUCGCGUGAUUUGGAUCCAAUACAGAUGGGGCUUGGAGUCGGUAGUGUUAUUAAUGAUCAAAACCAAAGGCAAGCAAAUUGGAUACCCAUCUCUUGGGAAACUUCAAUUGGCGGUCCUCUAGGAGAGGUUUUGCACAAUACAAGUAACAGUGCUGAGUGUAAGAGUUCAUCAGCACUGAACCUCAUGACAGAAGGAUGGGACAGUAGUCCUCAGGUGGGAUCAUCUCCAACUGGGGUCUUGCAGAAAACCACAUUUGCUUCGCUUUCAAAUAGCAGUGGUGGAAGCAGCCCAAGAGCAGAGAACAUCAAGACCAGCGAAGGGCCUAGAAUGUGUACUGAUCUUCUGGGUUCAACUCUAGUGCAUUCUUCUUCAUUGCCUGCCUUGUUCUUUAUGGAUUUUGGAGUAGUGGGUUUGGAGGGAUUGGUGGGUUCAGAUAAUACUAGCAAUACUGGUUUUGCUUCUCUUGCUAAUUCAGAUCAUGAAACAAAACAAGAAUGGUACGGAUCUGGGUUUCUUAAGCAAGAAAGAUCUUAUAUUUCUACAGCUGAAGAUGUCUGGAGGAGCUCUAAACUGUCAAAGACCGAGUCUUUAUUGCUUCCACAAAGAAAUACUUUACUCAAAUCUAAUAAUACCAAUCUUUUCAGUGAUAAUGACCAGCAACAGCAACAGCAGCAGAUGCUGAGUUUCUCUUGUCCCAAAUCAGAAUCUCUCUCAUCAGUAGAGAGAAGUUCUCACAAUGCUACAUUGCCUGGAUUUCAUAUCACUUCUGCUUACAGUAGGAGUGGUUCAGGAUACAAUUAUGGAAACGUCAAUAGUGCAAAUACGCAUGGGAUAUUCACGGAGGCUAGAGGGCCUUUUACUCCAUCCCAGUGGAUGGAGCUUGAACACCAGGCGUUGAUCUACAAAUACAUAACUGCUAACGUCUCUAUACCUUCUAAUCUGCUAAUCCCCAUAAGAAAAGCUCUUGAUUCUGUUGAGUUCUCUAGCUUGUCGGGCGGACUCCUCAGACCCAAUACAUUGCCAUGGGGUGCUUUCCAUCUGGGUUUCUCAAGCAACAAUGAUCCAGAGCCUGGGCGUUGUCGCAGGACAGAUGGGAAAAAAUGGCGGUGCUCAAGAGAUGCGGUUGCCGACCAGAAAUACUGUGAGCGGCAUAUGAACAGGGGCCGUCAUCGUUCAAGAAAGCAUGUGGAAGGCCAAUCUGGCCAUUCUGCUGCUGCUGCUACAAAAACCACCAAUGCAAAGCCAAUGUCCACUCCUUCCUCAUCCUCCGCAUCAGCUUCAGUGGUGGGGCUUCAUGGCAGUGGCGCAUCCAACAACCUCAUUAUUGCACAGAAUCAGCAGCAGCUUAAGAACUUACAGCCAGAUAGCUCAUCUAAUCUUUCUGCUGAUACUCUCAUCAACAGAAUGAUUCUUAAUAAAGAGAAUUUGGGUGAAAGACUGCAAGACUCACCCAGCUUGUCCAUGCAAUCAUCCAAGAUUUACCUAAAAUCUAAAGAAAACCCUUUCUUCAUUUCAAAACACCCCUACCAGGAGUCCUCGCAAAUUGAAUUUGGACAUGUUAACUUCGAUUCUCUCCUUAACCCUUCACAGAAUAGCUCUUCAUUAAUCAGCUGCAGAAACUUUGCAUCUUCUCAGGACAUGAGUGGCCAGGAAACUAUUUCACAGCAUUCCUUUCGCCAAUUCAUGGAUGAUUGGCCUAAAAGUCAAUCUGAUCAAUCUUCUGUCUCUUGGCCUCAACUUGAUGUGCAAUCAGAUAGAACCCAGUUAUCCAUUUCAAUCCCCAAUGAUCCUACAGACUUUAAGUCCAGCACUUCCUCUCCAAGCAAUGAAAUAUUUGCGGUCUCCCCACUAAGGUUAUCCCGUGAUUUGGAUUCAAUACAAACGGGAACGGGAGUUGAUAUUGUUUUCAAUGAUCAUAAACAAAAGCAAGCAAAUUGGAGACCUGUACCUUGGGAAACUUCAGUGGGUGGUCCUCUUGGAGAGGUUUUGCAUAACAGCAAUAACAGUGCUUCAGAGUGCAAGAAUUCAUCAGGACUUAACCUAUUGGUAGAGAGAUGGGACAGCAGUUCUCAGUUAGGUUUGUCUCCUACUGGGGUGCUACAAAAGACUACAUUUGGUUCGCUUUCAAAUAGCAGUGCAGGCAGCAGCCCAAGAACAGAGAACAACAGGACCAGGGAAGGAGCCAGCCUGUGCAGUGAUCUUCUUGGUCCAAGUCUAAUGCAUUCUUCCUCUUUCCCUGCAUUGUGACCACUUUAUCUACAGAUGGAAGAUGAAAGAUACAGAUGGUCAAGAACAAAAAGAAAAAAGAGUUUCAUCACUAUUAACUGAUAUUGAACAAUUUAUGCUUCUGGUUUCAGUCAGUCUUGUUAUUUUUUUCUUUUAAUUUUCGAAACUUAUUUGAUAGUAUGUUCUUGUGUUUGUAUUUUUUAAGCGUUUGUUUAGUGAUGGUAGACUAAUUAAAGGGCCGAGCUUGGCAAGAGGUUUUCUUAGGCUUGUAAUAUGAAAUCGUGCAAUUGGAAUUAAAAAGAUCAUGAUUUUCAUCAA